AGGUGUGAACGCCCACUUCCUCUAACAGACUGUUCACUAUUUAAGCUCACGAUGUGGCCCAUCUUAUCACACACACACGAGCUUUGAUGUCUGAUGAAAAAGUCGGAUCCGCCCUCUAUUGGUGGCUCUUAGCUUCUGUAUACGGUUUCGUAUAGGCUAUAGCCUAUACGAAACCAAGCGAGUCAAUAUCCUGGGUUUAUUCUAUUGUUGAGAUGAAACCCCUUUUCCUUAUUAAGCUUAGACACAUGGAUUCAAAUGACGGAUUCAUUGAAGUAGUAGUUUAUUAUUUAUAUACAUGUUUUUAUUUUAAAUGAAAACGGAAAGCAAGACCAGCUGAUAUAGUGACGUCAUCAAGUCAGCUGCUGUUCCAGCUGCAGAACGAUCGUCCUCCGUCCUCAUGUCUCCGUGAGAUUGGACUCCAAAGUCCCUUCUCUGGAGAACAAAAGUCAGUUUUUGGCAUUCUAUGAAGAAAGAAGAGAGAGAAGGAGCUAGUCGAACAGGCUGGACAUUAUAAAAGAUUUUCAUUUUUGAGAACCAGUGGAAACCGGAAGCGGGUUGCUGUCGGUUCUCCUGUUGAAGAGGUUCCGAAGAGAGUGAUGAAGAUCCGCCGAGGUGCUUGAAGAGGAGCUGGAGAGGAGCCGGAUGGGGACCGGAAAACAGUCUGACGAGGAGCCGGACAGGAGUCUGAAGAGAAGGAGGAGUCUGAAGAGGAGCACAGAGGAGUCAGGAGAGGAGCCGGAGAGGAACCGGAGAACAGUUUGAAGAGAUGGGGGUUGGAGUCUGAAGAAGGGCAAAGAGGAGUCCGAGGAGAAGGAGUCUGAACACAAGGAGGAGUCUGAGGAGAACCCGAGAGGGAGGAGUUAAGAGGAGGAGGAGUCUAAAGAGGAGCCUUUUAGAAGAGUCUCAACAGGAGCAUGAGAGGAUUCUCAACAGGAGCGGGAGCGUGUUCAUCAGAAGCGGCAGCCUGUCAGCGCAGUGAGUGUCCGAACUUGGAGACCAGACGAAUUAAACCCUGUUGCAGUCAAAUUGGUCAUGGAUGCAGAGAGGGGGGAGCAGUUUCUCCAUGGUGACGGUGUUGAGGCUCUAGAUAGGUGGCAGCUCAACGCUCCGUUCUCCUGCUUCCAGGAUACACUGCAACACUCGGCGGUAGACCCGAACUGUCCGAAUGAGAGUGAGUCGGAGGACGUCCUUCCAGCCGUCGACCCAAACGAGGUGUUACCCAGUACGCCGCUGGUUUCUCUCAGCUGUCAGCUGGUCUAUGACAUCAGCAGCCUGGGUGCUGUGAUGACGGAACCAGGUCAAGAGAACGUCAUCUCCAUAGAGCUCGACGAGUGGCGCUCUCAGGUGUUGUUUUCUGACAACUGCGUUCUGAAUCAGCUGCCAGGGAUUUCUGCGGUUCCCCCAGAAUACCCUUCCAGUCCGGGCGGUGAUCUGCUGAUACCAGAUCUGCACUUGACUGAGGAAGAACAGCAGGUACUAACACAAGAAGGAGUUUCUCUGCCCAACAGCCUUCCUCUAUCCAAGGCUGAGGAGAGAAUCCUGAAAAGAGUUCGGAGAAAAAUCCGCAACAAGCAGUCGGCUCAGGACAGCCGGAGGAGGAGGAAGGAGUACAUUGACGGGCUAGAAAGCCGGGCAGUUGCUUACUCAUCUGAGAACAAGGAGCUGCAGAGGACAGUGGAGCAGCUGGAAAAACGCAAUAUGUCUCUGUCGGCUCAGUUGGGACGGCUUCAGUCUCUGAUCCAACAGACGGUCAGCAGAGGAGCUCAAACCACCACCUGCUUACUGCUCAUCCUGGUCUCUCUGGGUCUGAUCAUCAUGCCAAGCUUCAGUCCGUUCAGCCGCAACUCGUCUCCAGAUGACGACUACAGACCCACAAGAGUUAUUUCCAGAAACAUCCUGACAAAUCCUUCCAUCUCCCAGCCGACAGCAGAAGAUUCAGAUGUUUCAACUGUUCUGUCAGACUCCUCGUCAACGCCCAUUAAGGUCACCCAAUCGGGACCUCUGGAGAGCGCCGCCAUUCUCCAAGAACCAAUAGAAAACCCUGACUACACAGGCUUUGAUCGAAUGACUCCUGAGGGAAGCCAAUCAGGAAACAGCUCGGAUCCCGUUUCCGGACAACCUGAGCCUUUGGUUCUUGGUCUGACGUCAUCGGCAGGGAAAGUAGGCGGUGAUGCCCCCAAACCUGCCCACGCCGACGAGAUGUAGAUCAAUGUGUGCACCCAUGAGGAAAAAGAUGUAGAAAAAAAAGAAAACCUUUCAAUGUCUAUAAUUAAAAUUGUUUUCCAGCCUGG